GGGCAGGAGGAUGUGUGACCGCAACGGGGGACGGCGGCUGCGGCAGUGGCUGAUGGAGCAGAUUGACAGCGAGCUCUAUCCUGGCCUCAUCUGGGAGAACGAGGAGAAAUCCAUGUUCCGGAUCCCCUGGAAACACGCUGGGAAGCAGGAUUAUAACCAGGAGGUGGAUGCUUCUAUCUUCAAGGCCUGGGCUGUUUUCAAAGGGAAGUUCAAAGAAGGUGACAAAGCAGAACCAGCCACCUGGAAGACGCGGCUGCGCUGUGCCCUGAACAAGAGCCCUGACUUUGAGGAGGUGACAGACAGGUCCCAGCUGGACAUCUCUGAGCCCUACAAAGUCUACAGAAUCGUGCCAGAGGAGGAGCAAAAAUGCAAAGCUGGCAUUGCCAAUGGGAACAGCCUGGCUGAUGUGAUGGAGAUGGACUGCAGCUCCUCUGCCAUGGAGGAGCUGAUCAAGGAGCCCCCCUGUGUUGAUGAGUAUCUGGGGAUCAUCAAGAGAAGCCCCUCACCCCCCCAGGAGACCUGCAGGAACCCCCCAAUCCCUGACUGGUGGGUGCAGCAGCCCAGCCCUGCCUUGCCCCUGAUGAAUGGCUACUCCAGCUACGAGCAGCAUCAUUCAGCUUAUUCCCAGAUGGUGAUCAACUUCUACUACGGGGGGAGGCUGGUGGGCCACGUCACCACCUCGUGCCCUGAGGGCUGCAGGAUCUCCCUCAGCCAGCCCCCCAGCCACGGGGAGAAGCUCUACAGCCCCGAGGCUCUGGAGCACCUCAGGUUCCCCUCGGCUGAUGCCAUCCAGAACGAGCGCCAGAAGCAGAUCACCAGGAAGCUCUUUGGGCACCUGGAGAAGGGAGUCCUGCUCCACAGCAGCAAGCAGGGCAUCUUCAUCAAGAGGCUGUGCCAGGGAAGGGUUUUCUGGAGUGGCAACACCGUGCUCUACAAGGACAGACCCAACAAACUCGACCGGGAUGAGGUGGUGAAGAUAUUUGACACCAACUUGUUCUUCAGAGAGCUGGAGCAGUUCUACCACAGCCAGGGCCGCUUCCCAGAGAGCAGGGUCACCCUGUGCUUUGGAGAGGAGUUCCCUGAUGCAGUGCCCCUGAGGUGUAAGCUCAUCCUUGUCCAGGUGGAGCAGCUUUGUGUCAAGCAGGUGGUGGAGGAGGCUGGGAAGACCUGCAGCAGCCCCAUGCUCCCCAUGGCUGAUGAGACCCAGCAGGACCAGGUCUACAGGAUCUUCCAGGACAUCUGCACCACACACCAGCGACCCCACUUCAGAGAAACCCCACAGAUUGCUGUCUGAGCCUCCUCCACAGCCAGGCCUGGGGUGCUUUGGGUUGAUCUCAACCCAGUGUUAUCUCAUGAGUGCCUAAAUUCCCCUUUUGGAAAGAUUUUUUUGUUUUUUUUUUUGUUUCCAGUCCAGAGUCCAUAUAAAUAUGACAAGGGAGCAGAGGUUGGAUGUUCAGUGUCUGUCCUGCAGGCACUUCACUGGUGAAAAAGGACUUUUCACUGCUUAAAAAGGACUUCUGUACCCAGCAGGGUGGUCCCCAGACCCUUGGCUGCAGGUGGUGGCAGGGGAGGAGGGAGCUGCCAAGCUUGGGCUGUGUUAGUGGCCAGUGAAGCAGAACCAAGCAUCACCAGCUCUGAGGACCUGCCCUGCUCUCUGCACCCUGCACCUUGCUGACAAUAUUGAAAUAAGGCUUUAAAAAGCCUUGAAAUCCUCAAAUGUAGGAAAUUCUUCCCAGAAAUCUUUUUUUUUUUUCCUCUCAAGGAGUCCUGCUGAUGGAGGAUAGGGAAUGCCUUCCAAGGAGAACCUUCUCCAGAACCUUCUCCAGUUCCUCUUUAUUUUUCCUGUAGGGUUUCUGCCUCUUCUCUACCAAAGUCUUCUGAAACUUGGAAACCAGUGCAGCUGUUCUCAGUGUAAAUGAUGAAUAUAGAAGGAUUUAGGAAUUUUUUUUAUAUUUUUUUCCCCUCACUAGAGACAAAGUUUAUAAUAAUAACCACCUCCAUUUCAAAGAUUGCUGCAGCACAGUGUCUCUGGCUUGGUUUCACCCUCCCCAACACGUGGGUUGAUCUCUCUCAAGUGUGACCAAGCAGCAGCAGCAGCCAUGUGUAAAUCCUCAUUAACCUCACUCACUCUCUGGCCCCAACCCAAGGGCUUGCUUGGCCGUGGGGCUUGUGCCUUCCCAUUGCCACGAGCCCACCUGGGUGCCUGCUCCUAUGCUGCCUAUUUAUUUUAUCCCUCAAAUUUUGUUUUUUUU